CCCAAAUACAACACUUGCUUGCUUGCAUGUGACAUACUGCUAGUCUUCUAGGUGCAGGUUCACUACAGAGUAAAGAUGUGUUCGAUCUGUGGCCUGAAAUAUCUUCCUGUGGUCAUGAUUCUUCUGGCUGUAGUGAGCACACUGGCCAAUGUGCUCCUGCUUUUUCCUGGAUUCUCCUAUAAAUACUUGUUUGAAAACCACAUCACUCCAGAGGCCCUGUGGUGUACAGGAAUAUGGGUUUCUGGAUUUGUAGUGCUUGUAGCCGUUCGUGGCUUUUCAUCAAGUGACAACAAAAAAGGAUGCUGUGAGUUCCGAGCUCAUAUGCUGUGUCGGAUAGUCAACUCACUUGUGGCAGCGGCUGUAGCUACUUUCUGUUUCCAAAUUAACAGUCUGGGGCUAACAAGGGGACCACUAUGUCUACACAAUGGGACUGAGGGGGUGCAGUGGAUCAGACCCCUAAAUCGUAUAAGUAUUAAUGCAAAAAGUUACCUGUAUGAGCCAGAGAGCUGGGGCUCUGCUUGCGAGGAGCCUCGCGAUGUUGUAGUCUGGAACAUUGUUCUCUUCUCUACUAUUAUGGCAAUCAAUGGACUUCAGGCUAUAUUCUGUCUUGUGCAGAUUUUCAGUGCUGUGCGUGGUAUAAUAUGUGGACCUGCUAAGAAAAAGGUUGUUCCUGCAUAAAGGACACAAAGGACUGGUCUAAUUCCUAAAACAGGUUUUGUGUAGCUGCCAAAUGUGCAGGAAAGUGAAAAGGAUAGAAAUCCUAUGAUUCCUUACCACAAAACAAUUUCCACUGUUUUAACUAUUGUAUUGUCUUCACAUUCUGCAUACUCCCUUUGUCUUAAUGGCCAACAAUGACAGGCCUUCAUUACACACUGAAUUUCGAAUUGUUGAAGUCAAACUUGGACUUGAUGAUGACAUUUACAGAAAGACUUUAAGCACAGUAUAGUAAUGAGACUCUUAGGUCUAGUAUGUCAUUGAACUAGUACAAAUAUACCUGUACAGUAUGAAGAAGGACAUAUGAUAAUCCUUCCCAUUGCUGUCUUUCCUGUAAACACUCAGGGAGUGGAACGCCGAUUCUUGGAAAUCAAUGAACAAAGAAAAAAUGCAUCUGUCUGUAGGAACUGUACACAUAGUCAUUUACAAAAACCACCUGGAAAUUACAGGAACCUAGUUUUGCGUCCCCCAUACAGUCCUGACUGUGCUUCAGGCUAUUUCCACAUGUUCUUGGGAGAACAGAGUUUCAGAUUUGAAGCAAGCAGAAAUAGCCUUCUCUUCUGCUCACCAGGCAUCGAGGUAGAGUUGAUCAUGUUCCAUUUCAGGAAGGCACUGCAUGAGGACACAUUAAUGAUGUAAUUUAAAAAAAGAACAGGGGCAAGUAGGCAGUCAUGCUCUUGUAUCUGUAAAUGUCAAUCACCCUGUCCAGGUUUUUUUUUUUGUACUCCAGUAUUUUCCCUGACUUUUUGACCUGGUAUUAUUAAUCCCAAACAUCUUGUGCACUGUGCUGGAGAGGACCACAUUAUUUCACCCUUUGGUAUGUAAAAAACUUGAGUGGGGGUGGGGUGAAGACAAACUUUUAUGACAAGGCCACUAUCCCUUUUGUUUACAAUGAGUGAGGGGCAAGCUUGUUCCACCAUGUGCCAAACCAUGGUGAUCUGCCUCUUUAGGAGCUGCUAGCUUAGUUCAUAAGAUGUAAAAAAACAACAACAGGACUAGAUGUCUAUAUAGGAUAAAUAGGGAUGUAGGGAUGCAGGGAUGGAUAAAUGCACCAUUUUUAAAUUGUCUCUAUAUUUGCAUAUAUAUUUGCUUAAUACAGCCUUCAAUGAAAUAUGAACAAAUGUGAUGCCUCACCUUUUCUGUUGUUGGGGUUACUCAAUGAAAGUAAUUACAUUUCAAGUUAAAAUAAAAUAUUUAUAAGGGGGUUUUCAUUGAAGGGGUUGCAUUAUAGGGACAGGUCAUUUUUGUCCCUAAAGACAACACAAGGGCUAAGCUGAAGUUUUAUUAUUACACUAGAGGUCGCUAGUUACAUUCUCAUUGUUUCUCUCUCUCUCUCUCUCUCUCUUUUUUUUUUUAAAGAAAAGAUUAGAUUAGCUUAGAUUAAGAAUGUAGAACAAUAUGCACAUAUUGUAUUGUG